AUGGACCAUGCCAGAGCGGUGAUUUCUACCUUGUGUGGUGGUGAACCCUCGUCAUACACACGCUUCAGUGUUGCCCGGCAAACAGAUGGAGACAACAGCCACCUGGAGAUGAAGCUGUCUGCUGAUGAUGAGGAAGGAGGGGAAACUGGGAGGCCAGACCACCUGCAUGCCAGAAUUCCUCCUUCACGGAGGAGUGGCAGGAACAUCUGCUUCCCAAUCAUCGCAGCUGUCCUCCUCCUUUUGAUUGGGUUUUUGAUCGGCUACUUGAGUUAUCGUGGACGAAUGCAGAAGGCUGGCAGGUGUAUGGAUGGAAGUGGCAAGUGUGAGAUGACCCCUACUAAAUCUUACUUAGCGGAUGAUGAUGAAGCUGAGGCAGAAGUGAUUCCUGGACCACCUGUCCUCUACUGGCCUGAACUCAGAAACCUGCUGUCAAAAAAGCUGUCAGCUACACGUCUUGAGGACAGCUUAAGGCGAAGGGCAAAUAAGGACUCCUUUGAAGCUGGCCUGAGUGAAGAUGAGAACGUUGCCAGCUACAUUCAUGACCAGUUUACCAGCUUCCUCUUGGAUGAAGUGUGGAACGAUGAGCACUACAUUAAGCUGCAGGUCAAAGGCAGUAGCAACAAUGAGGUGUCUAUUCUGGGAGUUGAUGAAGAAGAGGAGAUUCUGGAGCGUCCCAGUGCAUAUGUAGCAUACAGCAAGACUGACUCAGUUGCUGGCAAACCAGUCUAUGUGAACUACGGAGAGAAAGCUGAUUUUCAGAAGCUGCAGAUGCAGGGUAUUUCACUGAAUGGUACUAUAACCAUCUUCAGAGCUGGAAAAAUAACCCUUGCUGAGAAGGUUGCAAAUGCCCAAGAGGCAGAAGCAGUUGGUGCCCUGAUGUACCUGGAUCCAUACAAGGACACAGAUACACUUGUCCCCUUUGGACAUGCCCACCUUGGAACUGGAGAUCCUUACACCCCAGGCUUCCCUUCUUUCAACCACACCCAGUUCCCACCGGUGGAAUCUUCUGGACUACCUCGCAUUGUUGUUCAGACCAUCUCUGGGGCAGCAGUGGGCAGGCUGUUCAGCAAAAUGGGUGAUGGAGAGCCCUGCAUUUCAGAGUGGAGAGGAGGGGUCAUGGCAUGUAAGGUGAUGCCAAGCAGCACAAGCAAGAUGACUGUGAAACUGAAUGUGAGCAAUGUUAUGGUGGACAGGAAGAUUCUGAACAUCUUUGGUGCUAUCAAGGGAUUUGAAGAACCAGAUCGGUAUGUGGUGAUCGGAGCCCAGAGAGACUCCUGGGGCCCAGGAGCAGCCAAGGCUGGUGUUGGAACUGCCAUAUUGUUGGAACUUGCCCGUGUGAUCUCAGACAUGGUGAAAAAUGAUGGCUUCAAACCGAGGCGCAGCAUCAUCUUUGCAAGCUGGAGUGCGGGAGAGUACGGAGCUGUGGGUGCUACAGAGUGGCUGGAGGGGUACUCUGCCACGCUGCAUUCCAAAGCCUUCACUUACAUUAACUUGGAUGCUGCAGUCCUAGGCUCCAGCCACGUGAAGAUUUCUGCUAGCCCGUUGCUGUACACAUUGCUGGAGAGAACUAUGAAGGGGGUGAAAGACCCAACAAAGAAUUCAGAAACUCUGUAUGACAAAGCUGGCUCCGACUGGGUACAAAAAAUUGUUCCCCUUGGUCUGGAUAAUGCUGCCUUCCCUUUCCUGGCGUACUCGGGAAUCCCAGUGGUAUCCUUUGGUUUCUACAAUAAAGAUGAGGAAUAUCCCUUCUUGGGCACUACUCAGGACACUGUAGGCAACCUGAGGAGGAUAAACAAUUUGUAUGAUCUUAUGCGUGCUGCUGCGGAAGUUGCUGGACAAAUUGCUCUCAGACUGACCCAUGAUCAUGAGCUCUACCUGGAUUUUGAGAGAUACAGUGAAGAAUUGCUUGCGUUCCAGGAUAAGUUUUUGCCCUACGAUAAGGAUGCAAAGGGGCUGGGGCUGACCUUGAACUGGCUGUUUUUUGCCCGUGGUGACUUCCAGCGAGCUACAGAUGCGCUGAGAAACGACAUCGCCAACAGUGACAGGGAGAACAGGAUUGUCCGCAGGGCCCUGAAUGACAGGAUCAUGAAGGUGGAGUAUGACUUCCUCUCCCCGUUCCUGUCACCAAAAGAUGCUCCCUUUCGCCACAUCUUCUUCGGCAAGGGCUCCCACACCCUGCAGAGUCUGCUGGAGAACCUGCAGCUGCUGAGAAACAACAAGGACAGUGUGGAUGUGAAGAUGCUGAAAGAGCAGCUGGCCCUGGUAACCUGGACCAUUAAAGGGGCUGCCAAUGCUUUAGUGGGUGACAUUUGGGAUACAGACAACGAAUUCUAG